AUGCAUCUUAUGUACACUUUGGACAACGAGGGCAAGCGGGUGUACACCCUCAAGAAGGUCCUGAACGGCGAGGUCACCAAGUCUGCCCACCCGGCUCGUUUCUCCCCCGACGACAAGUACUCGAGACACCGUGUCACCCUCAAGAAGAGAUAUGGUCUGCUCUUGACCCAGCAGCCUGAGAGGGAAGCUUCCCAGCUGUAA